AUGGCGGUCGAAACUACUAGAACGACAGGGACCGUCUCCCGAUUCAGUAGCCGAAAGGGUUACGGUUUCAUCAAACCGGAUGAUGGAACCGAAUAUUUAUUCGUUCAUCAAUCUGCGAUCAAAUCCGACGGCUUUCGUUCACUCUACGAAGGCCAAAAAGUUGAGUUCACGAUCACCGGUAACGGCGAUAAGUAUCAGGCCAUUAAUGUCACCGGUCCCGACGGAUCACCUCUCAACGGUUCCCGUAACGACGGCGGCGGUGUUAGGGGUAAUAACCGUGGUGGUGGCGGUGGCGGUGGCGAUGACUGUUAUACCUGUAGGAGAAUAGGACAUAUGGCUAGGGAUUGUGAUCAUAACAUUGGUGGCGGCGGCGCAUGUUACAGCUGCGGGAUGACGGGGCAUAUAGCUAGGGAGUGUGACCGUAACAGCGGUGGUGGUGGUAGAAGUGAAGAUAGGGAAUGUUACAAUUGUGGUGAGUAUGGACACGUGGCUCGAGAUUGUCCAAGUGGUAAAAGUGUGAGUGAUAGUGGAGCUUGUUAUAACUGUGGGUUGACAGGACACGUAGCAAGGGACUGUUCACGUGAGAGUGGUGGACGUGGCAGCAGUGGUGGUAGUAGUGGGGCUUGUUAUACCUGUGGAUUGCUAGGACACGUAGCACGUGAUUGUCCAAGUGGUAGACGUACGCUACGUGGUAGUGGUAGUGGUGAUAGUGGAGCUUGUUAUAACUGUGGGCUGCCCGGACACGUGGCAAGGGACUGUUCACGCGAGAGUGACCGUGGUCAUAGUGGUGGUGAUAAUUUAGGGAGAUCUGGUGGUAGAGGUAGUGGAGGAAGCAAGUGUUAUAACUGUGGUGUGGCUGGCCAUUUUGCUAGGGAAUGCACUAACCCAGCAGUCCUUGACAAUGAAAGCAUUUCGUUCGAUGACGCAGAUAACGAAGGAGUGACAACUCCACAUAAUGAUGCACUG